GGUAAUCUGUCGCUGGUUUUCAGCGCGGGGGCGAUGGGUAAGGACCAGGAAUUUCUUGAGGCCGCACGAAACGGAAAUGUUGUCGCAGUUGAAAAGCUAUUGAAUUCCAAAGCUAAAAGGGGCGGGCCCCUUGCAAGUUUAAGAAGAGGCCCUGGAUCCAAUGUCCAAGAUUCAUCGGGAUACUCAGCACUCCAUCAUGCCUCACUCAAUGGUCAUCGGGAGAUUGUUGUGUUGCUUUUGGAGCAUGAAGCCUCACCCAACAUCGUGGACAGCAAGGGAUCAUCGCCCCUUCAUCUAGCUGCUUGGGCUGGCCAUGCUGAUAUUGUUCGACUCCUGCUGACAAGUGGUGUCCGUGUUACCCAGAUCAACCUAAAGAACAAGGACAAUGAAACAGCUCUACACUGCGCCGCCCACUACGGCCAUACGGGCGUCGUGAGCCUCCUGCUCAAGUACGGAGCUGAUCCGAGCUAUCGGAAUGUCCGCGAUGAAACGGCCCUCGAUCUAGCGGCCCAGUACGGCCGGCUGGAGACGGUCGAGCUCUUACUGCAAACACAUCCGGAAUUGAUUGAAAUGUAUAAAAACAAAUCAAGACUGGAAGAAGCUGGAACGAUGUCCGUUAAGCCCAAGACAUCGCCUCUCCAUGCGGCCAGCCGCAACGGUCAUCGGGCCGUGGUGGACGCUCUUCUAGCCGCCGGAUUCCCCGUCUCGUUGUUGACCCAGACUGGGACGGCCUUGCAUGAAGCGGCUUUAUGCGGCAAGGUUGACGUGGUUCGACGGUUGCUGGACGCUGGUAUCGACGUUUCACUUAAGGAUUCAAAAGGUUUUAGUGCUCUUCGUAUUGUCCAGGACCUACCAACGUUAGUUGUCCAAGAAAUCACGAAUCUUAUACAAAAUGGUGCCCUGUCAUCCGAACUAAGUGAUGGCGACUUAGUCAGCUGUUCCCCAGGCAACGGCAUGCCGUUUCGAUUCCCAACAUCAUCGUUUUCGCCAGGAUCGCCCUACGAGAACGUGUCCCGUAUCUUCAUCCGGUCGAGGGGACAAUUACGAGCGGGAGUCACGAAUUUCAGCCUCAUCUUGCGCCUCAACAGGAGCUGAUUCCUUCAUCACGCUACCUCGCCGACGUCAUAAGAUAUCUUCAUCAUCUUUCCAUUCUCAGAAAUCUGAGGGUUGCAAUAGCGUUUAUGAAAUUCCGCCUCCGCCGCGCUCCUUACCUUGGCUCCAGCAGCAAGGCAACAGUCACGACAUCGAUGGCGCUAGAGAAAAGCGGAGUUCGUCACAGUCGGACCUACUCGAUGACG